CCACUUCGGUUUUUCCGCGAAGCUCCAAAAAUCUAUGAAAUGUGUUUGCAUGUUCCUCUCUGCAAGCGGGGAUGUAGAGGUGGGAUUGCAAGGACCGAGAAAGCUGGGGGAACCCACGCGUUCAGCCUCAGAGAAAGUACGCUUUUCCAAAAUAACUGACGGUGAAUAUUUUUUUUCUUUUCACAUUUGUCAUUAACAGACAGGCACUCUGUAGGAUUUUGUUAGCGGAGAAUAAGCUUUUUUCUGCCCUCUUCUUUUUUUUGGUCACCAUUCUGCACGGCAGGCUGAGAGACGGACCGCUCGGACUGUGGGAGCCCUCCCCUCUGCUCGGAUCUGCUUUGUUUCCAGAUGGCCCAUGGAACAACGUGGAUGAGGGCUGAGCUGUAGUGCGGGCAGAAGGCUCCGGGGCCUGCCUGUUGUCGGCUGGCUGGUUGGUCCAUUGAGGUGAGGCGCCACUUCCACCGGGGCACAGAACGGACCGAGAAAAGGUCUUUGCUCCCCCUCCUCGCUCACCCCUGCCCCCUUUCCACCCUCACCCUCAACCCAGGCACGUACGCUCUGGACCAUGUCUAGCGGAUUGUCGGAGGGGGGCCGGACAGAGGACCACGAGCGGAGUAACUGCAAACAGGAUUCUCCUGUUAUAGAGCGCAGGAACCGCAGUGGCAUCAUCAGUGAGCCCCUCAGUAAGAGCCUUAAAAAGUCCCGUACCCUCUCCCAGUAUACAGCAGUCUCCUCUGCCACUAGCAAUGGACACAAGGAAAAUGGUGAGACUAAGAGCCACUCGGCCAAGCCUCAGCCACCCCCGCAGCCCCAGCCCACUGUCUCUGCACUGACAGCAGCCAAGUUGGACCGGACCCUAGAACAGGUUCUAGAGGGACAGAAUGGCCUGCUGCACUUUGCCCAGGCAGCAGCCCUGUUAAAGCGGGCCGGUAUGGAGCACAUGCUCCUGCCUGGGGGCAUGGGAGUGGGAAUUGGCGGUGGAGACGCAGGCUCGGGGGCUAGCGACUUGGAGGGUACGUCUGUUACGGAUGCCGUAGGUGGUCCUGUUGACUUCCCAUAUGGAGUAGGGGGUGGUUUCCCCUUCAACCCGGGGCUUUUCAUCAUGACGCCGGCUGGAGUGUUUCUGGCGGACAGCGCACUACACAUGGCCGGCCUGGCCGAGUACCCGGCGCAGAGCGAGCUGGCCUCUGCUAUCAACUCCGGUAAAAAGAAGCGAAAACGUUGUGGCAUGUGCCCACCCUGCCGACGGCGGAUUAACUGCGAGCAAUGCAGCAGCUGCCGGAAUCGCAAAACAGGCCACCAGAUCUGCAAGUUUCGCAAAUGUGAGGAACUGAAGAAGAAGCCCUCUGCUGCUCUGGAGAAGGUGAUGCUUCCUACAGGAGCGGCGUUCCGGUGGUUCCAGUAGGACUCCUCCUCCACUCCCUACCCAAAGCUCUGCCAUCAAGUGCAAUGCCAACUCCUGGAUUGUCUCCGGAACAGACACUGGCUAAUAAACAAACAAACAAGCAACAAAUAAAAUUCUAUAAAAAAACGACAAAAAAACAAAGCAGAACAAAAAAAAAAAAAAAAUCAAUCGGGGUAAUGGAUGCACCUACUUAUUCCUUGAACCAAAAAUGAAGCUUAAAGAAAAGCAUCUAUGGCAACUUUCAUUCCCUUUUCUAUGUUUCCAUUUUGGUACCUUUUGUCCUUUUUCCAGCAGGUUUUUUUCUGUCGCUUAAACAUGGAACUGUUCAUUGCCUGAAACAGAAAUGACGGACUGAGUGUGGACAAUCAACUAAUUUCUGUGUUUGGUGUUAAUGUUGUUCAUGUGUGGAAAGAUACAGUACUUGUGUAGAGAAUGUAAAUUUACAGCUAUAUUUCAAAACUAGUGGCUAAUGGCAAACAUUAUUGUAAUUCUUCACCAUUAUGUUACUUAAACCCUUGUCUAUUUUAUGAUUCGUUUCGUUAGAGUCUAGUUUUCAGACAGAUCACUGCUUGUCUUUGAAAGACAAAGAAGAAAGAAAAUGUUUGAAAAUGUGACGCUGUUGAUUUCGAAUUUAAACUAAACUCAAAAAAAGUCAUGUUAUCAGGCGGAUCUCCAGAGACUCUUCACUGGGUUGAAGAUGCUGUUCUCCAGAGCCGUCACUACUGUAAUCUCCUCAAUCAGCCCUCCUCUGCAUUUCCAAACUUAUCCUUUAGUGAAACUGGCAGCCUUAUGUUACUGUGGCCCUACUGAGCAUAUGCCAAUACUGCUCUGGGCAAUAGCACUGUAAGAGACAGCACUUGUUCUGAGUCUAGCCUACUGAACGCACUGAGACAAGAUUACAUUUUUUUAUUUGUUUGUUUAUUUGUUAUAUUUUCAUGAUUUUGUUAUGUUGCUGGGUAGCUACAGCUUUUAAAAAUAACCAAUCUUUGUAUUUGUUUAGAAAAUUGGACUGGUUUUGUGAAUAAAAAGGAAUGCAUGUAUUCGUGUCAAAAUUUACAAUUCUGAUGUUUGUCUUGUCUAUUUGCAUGUUUUUUUAAAAAGAAAAACUGCUGGUUUGACAAAAAGAAACAUUAACUAUACAUUUUCCAAGAAUUUAAAAAAAUGUUCCUAUUUCUUUUAUAAUUGGAUGGUGUUGAAAAUUCUGAAAGAUUCUAAUGCGAGCAGAACUCAUUAAAAGUAAAUCAGGCGGUGGCAUGGAUCACCAUGAUGUCCUUGGUUUGACUGAGAUAUUUCUCUCACUGCAUCUGUAAUAUCUUCCUAUAGUGGAAUAACUGAUGGAGCCUUGCUAUGCUAAAAUGUAACCAAAAUGAUUUAAAACAUGUUUGAAUAAGAA